UACUUUGUUUGAUGGCCGCCGAUAGAGUCUCUUUCACUGAUAGACGCCGUUGAUGCCCGAUGUGGUGCAAACAAGGCAGCAGGCGUACAGAGACCAACUUGCUCAGCAGCAGGCAGCCGCGGCCGCAGCCGCAGCGGCUUCAACAAAUCAGCAAGGAUCUACGAAAAAUUGUGAAAACACUGCAAACGGAGAGGAGAAUGGAGCCCACACUAUAGCAAAUAAUCAUACAGAUAUGAUGGAAGUGGAUGGUGAUGUUGAAAUCCCUCCUAACAAAGCAGUGGUGCUGCGGGGUCACGAAUCUGGUUUCAUCUGCGCCUGGAACCCUGUCAGUGAUCUUUUGGCCUCAGGAUCUGGAGAUUCAACGGCAAGAAUCUGGAAUCUUAGUGAAAACAGUACCAGCGGAUCUACUCAGCUGGUGCUUCGGCACUGUAUACGAGAAGGAGGGCAAGACGUACCAAGUAACAAAGAUGUAACAUCUCUGGAUUGGAAUAGUGAAGGUACGCUCCUAGCAACGGGGUCGUAUGAUGGUUUUGCAAGGAUAUGGACUAAAGAUGGUAAUCUUGCCAGCACAAUAGGACAGCAAGGUCCCAUAUUUGCAUGAAAAUGGAAUAAAGGGAACUUCAUUUUAAGUGCAGGUGUGGACAAGACCACAAUAAUUUGGGAUGCACAUACUGGAGAAGCCAAACAGCAGUUUCCUUUCCAUUCUGCACCAGCGUUAGAUGUUGACUGGCAGAGCAACAACACAUUUGCCUCCUGUAGUACAGAUAUGUGUAUUCAUGUCUGUAAAUUAGGUCAAGAUAAACCCAUCAAAACCUUCCAGGGCCACACAAAUGAAGUAAAUGCAAUCAAAUGGGAUCCCACUGGUAACCUUCUGGCUUCUUGUUCCGAUGACAUGACUCUAAAGAUCUGGAGUAUGAAGCAAGACAACUGCGUUCAUGAUCUGCAGGCCCAUAACAAAGAAAUUUAUACUAUCAAAUGGAGCCCUACAGGGCCAGGAACAAACAAUCCAAACGCCAAUCUAAUGUUAGCAAGUGCAUCCUUUGAUUCUACAGUCAGGUUAUGGGACGUAGACCGAGGGAUUUGCAUCCACACCUUGACGAAACAUCAAGAACCUGUGUACAGUGUAGCUUUCAGUCCUGAUGGUAGAUAUCUGGCCAGUGGUUCUUUCGACAAAUGUGUACACAUCUGGAAUACACAGACGGGUGCUCUGGUGCAUAGUUAUCGGGGGACAGGAGGCAUUUUUGAGGUUUGCUGGAAUGCAGCAGGAGACAAAGUUGGAGCGAGUGCUUCAGAUGGUUCAGUUUGCGUACUAGAUCUACGGAAAUAGCGCUACUAGUUGGAAGCCAUGGACCGACUAUGAAUGUGUACAUAGCCAAAAUGACUGUCCCCACGACCCAUGUACUGCUAUUGUCCCAACUGAACCAUGGCCAGUCCACUACAGCCAAACCUGAAAUAAUUAAAUACAUGUACUGUACAUUUUCUUUUUUUAAAAAAAGCAAACAAUUAUACCCUGAAGAAGAUGACAGAGUGAUGUCACAGCUUGUGAAGCCUGUUCACCAAGUGCUGGAAUUUGCUGCAGCCACUCCCCUACCCCCCAAAAAAAGAUUGGAAGUGGGAGGAAAUUUAAAACAAAAACAAAAAAAAACAGGACAUGAGAGAAAGAGAACCGAAAUAUGCAAUGAGCCCGUUUGAGAGUAUCAGAUUGAGGAAAGCUUGUGUAUGGCUUAUUCUUUUCCCUAUCUUCUUUGUCCUCUUUUCUUUAUUUUUGUCCUUUAUGAAACUUUUGUUUUCCCUCCUUUCUGAUCCUUCCCCACCACCCCAAUAGGUAAUGACUAGGUGGGUUUUUUUUUUCAUGUGUAGGGAAAACAAACUUGCAUAUAUCCCUGCAACAGUGAUUUGUUCAUUGCUUUUCCCCAUUGUGCUCUUAAGGUUUACUAAUGCUUGAAGCCAGGAUGUGGCAUUCUUUUCUAGGUUGUGGUGCAUCUUUUCACUAAGAAUUGGAGGGAGGGGAAUCCUUUUCAGCAGUUCUUUCAAUUCUUCCUUAACUUUAUAGACAUCUGAAAAGUGUUGUGUAGAUCUUCUUCCAGUUUAGACAAAGAGGAAGAAAACAAAACCCAUCCUGACCAAUGAGGGUCAACAUUCCUUUAUUCUUUUCGUCAGAUCCAAUAGUUUACAGGCUCCUCAGAUGCUGCGCUUAGUCGUUUUAUUGGUGAUGACAGUUCCAAAAAGCAACAAUCCCCAUCUUGAGACUUUUCUGCCAAAUCUUAAGAGUGUACAAAAUUGCAAGAAGACACCUAAACAAAGACGGAGAGGCUUGAAAUAGGAUGCCCACAGUAGGGAAUCGUAUCAUUGGUUUGGAGAGCUUUAAUGGCAAGGGGGGUGGUGAGUUUUUGUGUGGUCUCAUCUUGGGAAAAGAGGUGAUAGACCUUGAUGGGAGGUAAGCUCAGGCAAUCCCAACACCAAGCUUAAAGAAAAACAGAUGAAUUGGAGCCUCUUUCUCUUCCAAAUCACGAUCAUCGUCCAUUUGAGUCGCACUGUGAAAAUUGAAGCAAUGGCGAGAGAGAGAAAGGAUUUGCCUCAUUCUCAGUUUGGACAAAGAUUUCUGCUACAACCUCUGUACGAAUCUCCCCCCACCCCCAUCUUUACUCGGUAUAACCAAAUUCCCAGUUGAAAGUAUUUCAGACUUUAGGGGACAAGCGCUUAUUUCUUUCUUUUUUCCCUUUUUAAUCUCUUCGUUACAAAAACAUAUUUGAAGCCUCUUUGAUAAAGAUUUUUCUGAAGUAAGUCACGUCGUUUAUUCCCUUCGCGAUACUGUUUCACUGGAAAUCCUCUCCUCGUCCCUCCACAAAAGAGGGAGAACUGAGCAAUAUUUGCAGCAGGGGGUUAAGAUCCACUGGGCUGGUAAAGUUCCCAGUGAUGAAUGGCUCCUCAUAUUUUUUUUUAAGUCAAAGGAGGAACCUCCCCUGGCAAAACUCUUUGCUUCGUGCUUCUUUAACUACCAAGUGACUGAGCUUCCAUACUAGAAAAUAGUCUUGCACUAAUUUUUCCCUGUUGCUCCCCCGUUAUUAUUAUUUUUCCUGUCUGCUUGUCUCCUUUCUCUUAACAUCACACCACCCUUCAAAUUUAGAUUUAAGUGUAAGCUGCUAAAAAGUUUUUUCCAGGAGAAAAUAUACAAUCACUACUUUGGAAUGUCUGUGUUUCUUCUAUCAAGUCUUGCUUUUCCUUCACAUGAACUUGUGUUUUGAUCACAAGCGAUAGCAACAGUGGGACUUUUAUGUGUGCGUGUGAAAGUUCAUUGUAAAGGCUGACCUGUUCCAUUCUCGUUUGAUCCUUCGUGUCUUCUGCAGCUUCCAAUUUCCUAAACAAAGAGGAGUUGUUCAGGGUUUUUAAGGUUUCGCCUGAUUUUUUUUUAACCUAAAGGAAUGCUUUGUACUCAUUUGCUUUGCCGAAGCCUCCAUUUUGGAUCUCCUUUUUAGUCACAGCAACACAGUGCAGAAAUACUAAAUUUCUAAUCUUUUCCAUUUUUGCUACUUCUUUCAAUAGGCAGCGCAGCGUAUAAACCCAAAGCUUGGAUCUCUUCCUUUUGAAGAUAUAAACCGAUUCCCCCCUUUAUUUGUAAAUUAGCCACCGUGUUGAAUUCUCCUUUCCCUCCUUCCAAUGAGGGUGGUUAUGUUUUGUUUUUACAGUGUGUGUGUUUCCAUACAUCAUUGCAGUGUAUGCCUCCUUUCUUUUUAACAUCAGGCAAGGAAAUGCACAGAUCCAGCUUAAGAUCUAAGUUCUAAGAGAGGAAACGCUGCUUCUGCAGUAACCCCAUUUUCUUUGUAAGAGCUCAAUCUUCUAUAUUCCAUUGUGGCUUUUGCUAAAUCAGAGCACUGCAUCCUAUCCUCUCCCCUCUUUGUGAAGUAGAUUCUUUCAGCAUUGACUUCUGCCACCUCUGUGUACAAACCAGAAAGCAGAUCUUGAAGUAAGUCGAGCUUAUAAGGCAACCACAACCAUUUUUAGCUGAUGUGUAAAUACACCAUCGUGGUUAUUCUUAAUGGGUGAUUUUAAAGUUACACACAGAUUGCGAGUGAAAAAAAAGGAAGAUUUACACCUAUAAGGACAGUCGUUCCAUCCAAUGAUACCUCUGCAUUGAUUUUGGGAAUAGGCUUAGGAGGUUUGAGAAUAGGCUUAGGAGGUUAAGAAUAAUUUUCCCUGUAAAUUAUAGUAUGUAAGAAACUUAACCUGUUGAGUAUCUGGCACUUGAAAAACCUUGCUUUUUACCGCUGGAGGUCCAGGACUGUGGCUGACCUCUGUCAUUAUUAAAAAUAAUUUUUUAAAAGUUUAAAAUAUGUAAAAAAAAAUCUGUGCAAUAAUUUUAAACUGUGCUCCCAGGAAUAGACACAAAUGUGUUUUUUGGGGAUUUUUAUUUUGAGUAUAUUUAAACAGCAUUUUCUUUUCCUUUAGCAAACACAAAUGUCAAUUGCACUGAACUUAAAUCUUUUAAAAAAAAAGUCAGAGGUGAUUCUUGAUAGUACUUUUGUAUUUUGAUAUGGACAGUCUGUUCGUUUUUCAUACAAGCUCUUGAACUGAUGUUUCAGCUUCCUUCAAAAAAAAGUGUAUAAAAAAACGAGAUGGUGUUUGAAGUCUUUUGACACAGCUGCAAGAUUUCCACAGCAACGUUCAUAUUUCUGGUUUUGCAACUGUUUAGCUCUUGUUCUUUUGGUUGGUUGGUUUGUUUGAUUCUAGCCAUUUAAGUAUGAUAUAGCAUGUAGACUUUAUUGAAGCUUCAUUAUCACAGCUGUGUUAUCAACCAAAAUCCUGGGCUGAUUCCCCCCUUCCUUCCUACAUAAUUUUGCUUUUAAAACAAUUCAAGUAAGACUGUUAUUAUUAUUUUUUGUGGGCCAGAUGUUCAGUCUUGCUCUUGAGUUCUACAAGCCACAUUCCAAAUUCCCAAGUCCCACACCUGGCAAAAAGUAACUUCAUUCCCAUGGCCUGCAGAUCCUCCCAAGCUUUCUAUGUUUCAUGCCAUUAUAAACCAUUGCUGUUAAAAAGAGUAUUCUAUAGGAAAUAGGAUAGGUAUUUUGGAGAUUUUCUUUCUUUCUUUCAUCAGAUCUGUUUGUGCUGUGCCAUCUUUUCUUCUCCCCCCCCCCACUGCAGCUUCCCUGCCCUUUAUCAUCCCAUAGCAUGGGUCAUUUGGGGAGGGGAAGUUAAAGUGAGGAUAGGAGUUAGCGGCACAGCUUAAAAAAAACCAAACAGAUAUUGCGGUAGGGAAAAGGGCCAGAUGUGUAUUGUGGUUGUUUGUGUGAUAGGCAUUGAACUGAAAAAGCUUGGAACUCCCAACUGUUGACUGCUGUCUCUUCAUCCAUGUGCCACAGUACUGUUCCACUUGUGAACUGACUUCCUUCUCCUUUUCAGUAAGACAAAACUUUUGAGGAUGUGGUAUGGAAGUGGGUGGGGAGAAGAUGAGCACAAUAAAAAGAGCAAUUCAAAUACCCAAGGCAGAAUAAACAGAAUGGGGAAAUCCUCAAAGCUGCCAUUCCUCAUUUCAGGAUUUAACUUACGUGUAAGGCCUCUCAGCCUUGUUGUUUUUUUUUUCCCCAACACUAGCAGGGCACUUUUGAGAUAUAUCACAGUAUUCCUUGGCUAUUUAAUUUGUCAUUCAUUUUGCCACCAUUGUUUUUAACUUGUGUGCCCAUGCAUGUGCUAAAAGCAGAACUCUGGUUGAAGUGGGAGCACUGGUGAAGAUGAUGGGGUCCCAUCUCUCUUCAUUCAAAGUCGUCUCCCCCUAUAAGAGUUCUUCCAUUCAUAUGACUUGAGCAAUGCAGCUUUAAUAAUAGCACUUUCCCAUACUUUGGUUCCAUCCUGAUAUUAGUUCUAAGUCUAGAUCUGGCUUCCCCAAUCUGUUGCCCUUAAGAUCAUUGAUCUACAUCAGAGGUCUUCAAACUUGGCAACUUUAAGACUUGUGGACUUCAACUCCCAGAAUUCUCCAGCCGGCCAUGCUGGCUGGAGAAUUCUCGGAGUUGAAGUCCACAAGUCUUAAAGUUGCCAAGUUUGAGGACCUUUGAUCUACAUCUCCCUGAAUUCCCAAUCACCAUGACUAGAAAUUGAAUUUUGCCAAGACUUAAGAAAGCUAAUUUUCUUCAUGGGCGUUAUUCUGGAGAAAAAUCUGAAGCCCAUUGAAAUGGGCUUCAUGGCCGUUUUAACAGCCUGCAUAAAAUGAACAUUCAUUCUUGAAAUGACACUGCCAGAAAAUGUUUUGAAGGUAAUAUUUACCAAUUACUACAGUGAUUGAAGGUUGGAUUGUUUUAAAGUAGUUUGGUGUUUUACUUUUGGAUAACUUAUUUUGGAUAAGUUAAUCGGGGGGUGGGGGGAUAUCUGUUAACAACCUAAGACAAAAUGAUUUUGGGCAAUAAGGGUGAUGUAUUAAAAAUGGGUGAAAAUCCACUUCCACUACGGUCAAAUAAGAUAACGACCAUUAGGAUGUGGUUAUGACAAAAUGUCUUGUCUCCAUUUUCCUAGGUUAUUGGGUUAAAACUAAGGGCAUCCUUCCCAAUCUAAUUCCUAGGUUACCAAGCUGUGGGAAUAACUUUAUUCAAUAAAUUGAAUAACUACAAUUUGUAGCCAUCUAGAUGGUUAGAGUAAAAAGUGGGCAGUUGUAGUUCUAAUAAAUAUUGGGGCCACCAGCUGAAGGAAGGGUAAUUUAGGUUUUUAUUGUUACCUCUGAAAGCAUUACUUUAUUGAUUGGUUGUUAAAGGUAUUUUAAAUUUACAAUGGGGCCCGUAGCUGUGAGCCUCUUUCUGGAAACUUAGUACCAAAUCAGUCUGUGGUUUGGGAAGUAGGGUGAAAGUAAAAUACCUUGCAUCCAAUUAUAACAAAUUGAAGACUGUUGAUUUUUAUAGUAAGCUAAGUAAGAUUGAAAAAGACCAAAAGUUUAUACCAAUUUUAAUUUUUAUGUUGUGUCGAUUGGUUUUCAGAAAGCAGCAAAAUUGCAAUAUCCCAAAAACCAGCAGGCCAGUGCGCAUGCUCGAAAAAUGGCUGUUUUCAGGCCGUUUUCUGCUCUCCAAUGCCUACAAAGACCACUUUGUGUGCCACCUCUGGCAUGUGUGUCAUAGGUUGGCCAUCUCAGCCUUAAAGCUACAGACUUUCCAUGAAAUAUGUAAUUUCAAAGGAGAGAGAAAGUGUAUUUUGAUAUUUAGAUGCCCUUUUCCAAUUUUAGCUGCAGGAGAAGCUCCCAGAUUUGUUUCCUAAGAAGCAGUCAGCAAAAGGUAACAUUGGCUAAGCAAGGGCAUCUGGAAUUUCCAGUAUUGGGGAGUGGAUUUGAAAAGUAGAAAACUAUUAGAAAAAGGGAAAGAAUUCUUAAUUUUCCCCAAAGAAGGAAGGGGCAGCAUUGUGGCACAUGAGCAGUGACAGAACUUUCCUAGUUUUAUGUCUAAAAGGAUUGAUGUGCAAACAUGCUGAAGGACCAGUGCGCACCAUAAGAGCCCCACAUUGUGUUGAUUUUAUUCUGUAUUGCAUUUUGACUCUUUACCACCUCCUGUCAGCUGCUGCACUGCUGUCCUGCUUCUCUCAAAUAGCCUCCUUUCAAACAUUUGUUCCCUUGGCUUCCCAUAUGUCAAGAUUUAUGUCCAGAAGUUGAACAGAAGGGAGCAGGAAGACACCUAAAGAAAGCUCUAGAUUCGGACAGCAGCAAAGUUUUGUUUUUGUUUUAUUUUGAGAUGAACUGCUUUGAAACCUACUCUACAGAGGAAAACCUACAGCUUUCCUGGUAUUUCCUCCAGAUACAGACAGAUGCCUCAUGGUCAAACUCAUAAAUGAUCACAGCCACAGAUGUCAAUGCUGUUAAGAGUGGUGCAGCAACCAUUACAACUGUUAGGUCUCCGUUCUCCGUUGAGGUCUAUCAAACAAAAGAAUGGUUUUUAAUCAUCGCCUGGACUGCUGCUUUCUUCUUCUUUUUUUCCUCCCCCCCCCCCUUUCUUCCCAUUUGUGGAUAAAUUCAGGAAAAAUCUUCUGUUUCGUUUAACUGCUUCUCUAGUAUGCUUUGCAAUCUUAUUUCUCUACAGGCUGCGGUGAACAGGUCAGUGAUCUAGAACUCAAAAGUGGUCUCCGUUUUUUUGUUUUCCUUUCUUCCUGCCGACGCUUUCUCCUUCUCUCCUGACUUUUGACGUAGUUGUAAAAAAAAAAAAGGUUGAAUCUGGAGUUACAAAUCUUUUGGGGGGGUCUACUUUGUGAUCCUAUCUCUAUAGCACUGGAUAAAAAAAUGUCUACGCCAUUUCUUCAAAGAUAUAUAUAUAUAUAUAUAUAUCCAGUUAAAUUACAAACAUAUACCAGUGUAAAACCAGCCCAUGUGAGAGGUUUUUUUUCUCUUUGCUUUUCUACUUGUUCAGAAAGAUUUUAUCGUUCAGUUUUCAUGAUUUAUUGUCUAAAGAAGACUGAUAUAGAUGUUCUAUACUGUCCUGGACCCAUGUUAAUUACACCUUUUUAUGAUGUACUUUGGUUCCACAUCACAAUGAUUUUCUCCCCCUCCCACCCACCCUUAAAAUUCUCUUUCUUAAUCCUUUUUCCAGGCACAUUUUUCUGUUGCAGGUUUCCCUUUGCAUUGUAUUGCUCUGACAAGUGUAAUUUGAAUCAGAUCUGAAAGAGGUCCAGAAUAAAAUAUAUUUUGAUACGA